AGGAGAGUAGUUUUCCUGCUCAGUACGUGGCAGGGGAAGAAAUCAGAGAGCUUCUCGAAAUUUUCGGAGAGGAAUUUUGACUGCAUCAUAGACUUCUGUAUGUAUCGAACUCACAGAAAAUCUGCAUUACUUGUUGUCGGGUCAAAUUUUUGCACGAUACAGCUCGAGGAAAAUGGUGACGUGUCUCGUCAACGUGGUCUUCCUCCUGGCCUGCCUGUGCUGCACAACAGAUGCUGAGGUCUUCACCUCCAUUGGGCAAAUGACAGACCUAAUCUUCACCGAGAGGGAGUUGGUCCAGUCCCUGAAGGAGUACAUCAAAGCUGAGGAGUCCAAACUUGCAGCUGUCAAAAGCUGGGCGAGUAAACUGGAUACCCUGACCCGAGCCUCCGCGUCAGACCCCGAGGCCUACCUGGCCCACCCUGUCAACGCCUACAAGCUCAUGAAGAGGCUGAACACCGAGUGGUCUGUCUUGGAGAACCUGGUGCUUCAGGACCCCUCUGAUGGCUUCAUCUCCAACAUGUCAGUGCACAGGCAGUACUUCCCUGAUGAGGAGGAUGAGAAGGGCGCGGCCAAAGCUCUUAUGCGUCUGCAGGACACGUACAAACUGGACUCCGAGAGCUUCUCCAAAGGCAAACUGCCCGGCGACCAGUACAACACCUACCUGACGGUGGACGACUGCUACGACAUGGGGAAGAUGGCGUACAACGACGCGGACUACUACCACGCCGUGCUGUGGAUGCAGCAGGCCCUCAGGCAGUUGGACGCCGGCGAAGAGGCCGUAGUGCCCAAGACCGACAUCCUGGACUACCUCAGCUACUCCGUCUACCAGAUGGGGGACCUGCCCCGAGCCAUCGAGCUCACCCGCCGCUUGGUAGCCCUGGACCCCGGCCACCAGAGGGCAGGAGGGAACCUGCGUUACUUUGAGAAGCUGCUGACCAAGGAGCUGCUGGAGACAGUGAAUACAUCCCAGGAGCCGGCCAGCGAGGAGCCCAUCCAGCUGGGCACGUACAAGCGCCCGCGAGACUACCUGCCCGAGAGGGAGACCUACGAGGCCCUGUGCAGGGGAGAGGGAGUCAAAAUGACGGUGAGGAGACGCAGCCGUCUUUUCUGCCGCUACCAUGACGGGAACAGGAACCCUCGGCUGCUGCUGAAGCCCAUGCUGGAGGAGGACGAGUGGGACAGUCCCCACAUCGUGCGCUACCUCAACGCUCUCUCUGAUCAGGAGAUCCAGAAGAUCAAGGAGAUCGCCAAGCCCAGGCUGGCAAGGGCCACCGUGAGAGACCCAAAAACCGGAAUUUUGACAACGGCAAAUUACAGAGUAUCUAAAAGCGCCUGGCUGGAGGGAGAAGAGGACGAGGUCAUUGAGCGCGUCAAUCAGAGAAUAGAAGACAUCACCGGGCUCACAGUGAAGACUGCAGAACUGCUACAGGUGGCUAACUAUGGCGUAGGAGGUCAGUACGAGCCUCACUUUGACUUCUCUCGGAAAGAUGAGCCUGAUGCAUUCAAAACAUUAGGCACUGGAAAUCGUGUGGCUACAUUUUUAAAUUAUAUGAGCGAUGUGGAGGCGGGAGGGGCCACGGUGUUCCCUGACUUCGGUGCCUCCAUCCGGCCCCGGAAGGGGACCGCAGUGUUUUGGUACAACCUGUACCGCAGUGGUGACGGAGACUACAGGACCCGACAUGCAGCCUGCCCUGUACUAGUGGGGAGCAAGUGGGUGUCAAACAAGUGGAUACAUGAGAGGGGCCAGGAGUUCAGAAGACCAUGUGGCCUCUCAGAGGGCGACUGAGCCCAGAUCUCCACACACACACACACACACACACACACACACACACAACCAGACACACACACAACCAGACACAUGCGCGCACACACACACACUUUUCACCUUAAAUGCCUGAACUGUUACUGUUAUUAUUAAUAAAUACAGCACGUCUCCCUUGUUAGUUUCUAGUGUUGGGUACAGGAAGAGCAGACCAGAGCAGACCCAGAGACAGUCUCCGGCGUUCCCCUUUAGCCCAGUAACAGUAGUAGGAAUAGUCAUAUGUAGUAACAAUAGUCAUAUGUAAUAACAAUAGUCAUCUGUAGUAACAAUAGUCAUCUGUAGUAACAAUAGUCAUAUGUAGUAACAAUAGUCAUAUGUAGUAACAAUAGUCAUAUGUAGUAAUAAUAGUCAUAGGUAGUAACUGACUAGGGGGGAUGAGGCCUAGAUCCACCACAUGUGAGCUGAACGCGUUGACUGGUCUGGGCGCUGUUGCUGUUUCUGUGAAAACAUGAAGUUGAAUGAAUGAAAACUCAACUCCACAUGUGUGUAUUGAUGGUGGGAUCACUGAAGGCAUCUGGAAACAAGGGACUUUUAAAAAAAAAAAAAAAUCUUUUAUCAAUUGUUUUUCUAUUUCUUUUUUUUAAAAAUCGAAAUAAUUCAGUCUUGUACGCUAUUCCUACCCACAUACUGAACUUGCUGCAUUUAUCGACCGAUGAGUCGACCCCAUGUCAAGUGAUUUAUUUAUACAUGCGUAAAUUAUUCCACUGUCCAUUUGUGCUUGUGGAGGAUAGUAGCAGUACACACAAUAAACAGUGCUGGCUUGUUUUCAAA